UACAAAUCACACAGGACGUCGCGCGCUCUCUGUUCUUCAACAGGAGAGGGAGGAGAUGCGCUUGACGGCUCAACUGCCACAUUACAACUCACAAUCAGCACCAAUGACCAAACCGAACAGUUCUGUCCCAUGGGCAGGGAGGGUCUUGUGAGUUUGUGUGGUCUUCAGCACUGAGCUCGAUGUCUUCUGAAUGUACGUGGUCGGUCCUUGUAAUGUUGUGCUUCAUCCUGGCUACAGGUGCACAUGGAGGAGCUGUGUGCACUGUGAGAUCAAGCAAAGGUGAAGAAGUCCUCUUAGGAUCCAGCUUCACCUUCUCCUGUAUCUUUAACAAGCAAUGCACCAAACUAAUUUUUCGGAAUGGGACGCAAAUUAAAUAUAUAAAAAAAAACAUUUCAAAAGAGCUGUCUGUGAACAUUGAGAAUAUAACAGAGUUUAACACUUUGAGCUGCAGGUGUGAGGGGAACCCAGAACCAUGUGGAAUCGACAUCAAACCAGGAUACCCUCCAGACAUUCCACAAAAUCUCACCUGUGUUCAAAAUAUGAAUUCUCACAAUGUCAGUUGCAUUUGGACAACAGGAAGAGGUACCAUAAUCGACACCACAUGUCAGUUAAGGGUUCAUGGUGACCUGCACCUUGGCUAUAGGAGUAUUAUGAACUCUACAGGAUUUUGUCACUCCACGUUCCCCAUCAAAAGCUCAGUAAUGUCACAGCUCGUCGUGUGGCUCAAUGUCUCUAAUACCCUGGGCAUAAAAACCUCAGGUCCUCACACCAUCAACCUCAUAAAUAUAGUAAAACCCUCAAUGCCUGAAAUCCUUAAUGUGAGCUGCUCCUCCCGAUGGUGCAGCCUACACAUAGACAAUCACAGCAUGAACUUGGUUGAAAUCCAGUACAGUGCUGUAAAUGUGAUCUGGGACACCUUCCAGAAUAAUGAUAAGAGCAGACUGAACAUAUCCUCACUGCAUCCGGAUACCAUGUACAAUUUCCAGAUUAGGAGGAAAAUAAACCAUACAGUAGGACUGUGGAGUGACUGGAGUCAACCAAAGCGAAAAAAAACAAAAGAAGAAGCUCCUGAUAAGGCGCUUGAUGUAUGGUACCUCCAAGAACUGAAACCCCCAGAAUCUAAAAGCAAGUGUUUCCGCAUAUUUUGGAAGGAACUGAAUAUAUCAGAUGCCAAGGGGAAAAUUCAGAGGUAUAAUAUAAGUGUCCUGGAGCAAAAGGGAAAGAGUAACUCUAUCAUUGCAGUUCCACCCAGCAGAAAUCAGAGCAUAUGCUGCUAUAAUUGUUCUGUGUCAGUGUCCGCAGUUAACUCAGAGGGUCAAUCUCCUGUCAAAAUCAUUCAGCUGCGUCUUCCAGGUCUGCAUACAGGUUUACUGUCACACAAGCCAUUGAAUAAUCAUAGCAUUGCCCUCUUCUGGCCCAAGUUUGACAUUGCAGGCACUGAGUAUGUGGUGCAUUGGUAUCCAGUUGGAAACAUAGAGGGGAUUCAGUGGAUCAGAGUGGUGGAUACCACAGCUCACAUUACAGGUCUGCAGCCUCAAGAAUGCUAUCAGGGUGCAGUUACCGCUCUGCGAUCAUCUGGUCCAAAAAUGGCAACCAUUAAAGGCAUCUCCUCAUGGCAAUCAGCUCCAGAACAGGGUCCAGAUCCUGAACUUCACUGGAAGAAGACAGAGAGCUCGGGCGUGGCCUGGUCUGAAAUCCCUCAAAAGAAGAGAAGAGGCUGUUUGAAAAAAUACACUGUCUACUUGAUGGACAACUUGAAGGGAGAUAUUCACAAUUUCAGUGUAGACCAUCCAAAGAGACAGUAUGUCAUCAGUGGUCUGUCACCAAGACAGUGUUACAAUCUGUGGGUCACUGCCUGGACUGAUGCAGGGGAGGGACCCAGAGGAAGUGUUCUCCCAUUCUGCACACCAUUAGACUCUGAGAAAAUGCUGUCCCUCGUGAUCCUGGCUGGUGGAGCUGUACUUUUGGCGUGUCUAAUCCUCCUGUGCAUCUGUCAAUUCUCUUCUGUCCACAGAAGAUUCUUAUGCUGUUGCCAGUGUCUGCUGCCUAUUAUUCCAGAUCCAGCAAACAGCAAAUGUGCAAAGACGUACGCUGAUGACCAGAGUGAAAUUAAAUUCUAUCUAGACCAGUGGGAUUCCAGUGUGAAUGAAGAGCCUGAUAAUGUGGAGGUUGAGGAAGUUCCGUAUCCCUCCAUCUGCACCUACAUCAAAAGUUUCUCUCAGGAGUCCAGCUCCUCUGACGCCACCCAAUUCACCAGGAUCACAGACAUCAUGGAGGACUACAUCUCCACUCAUGGGGCAAUAAGUGGAGGAGAGGAGGAAGAUGAAUAUGAAAAAGGAGAGAGGAGUUUGGAUGAAUUUGAAUUCUUCCCAAGCACUCACAGCCCUUUCCUGGAGCCCCUGGUUUUAACUGGAGGAAAGCUGACACUGGAUGUAGUGAAAAUAGACUGCAGUGAAUUUCUGGAUUGCACAUGAUUCUCAAGAGGCAUUAAAAUUAGACCCGACUGUGACUGUACUAUGGAUGCUGAAAAAUAACCAUGGACAUCCCAAGAAUAAUUUGUCAGUCAGAAGGACAAACUUUUUCGUCUUUCUCAUAUCUGGGCAUCUCAAGCUAAUGUUAGUCCUUUUAAAGUCGUAAUGAAACAGAAGUAGCGACAGAUACUGUGAUGAACAUCCAAAUGAAAUGUAUCAAAUGUAUGGCAGGGACUUGCUUAUUUCUAUCUGUUGUUGAUUGGAUGGAAGUAGAUCUGAAUGCAAGCUUGCAGUUGAUUUUAAGGAAGGGGUUAGUUUAAGUGGAUCACAUGUUUGGAGAAGCCUGGCAUAGAAGUCUGUUGCUUCACCGGAAGAUUGAAUUCUAUUUUAAUAAUAAAAAAAAAAAAAAAAAAAAAAAAAAAAAAAAAAAUGAUGUCAUAAAAAAAAUGCAUGGAUGAAUUAAGAAAUAAGAAAAUGUAUUAAUUUUAAUUUCAUGCCAAUUCUAAAAAGCUUAUAUGGCUGUGUUUGAGGAAUGUGAUAACGGGUGGCAAAUGGUUGAAACAAAAAGGUUUACUUCUCAUAUCCUUUUAAGCACACAUGGCCUGCCUCAGCUACUUAUCUCUGAAAUGCAGAUGAUCUAACACUGGUAACAGCCGAUCAGGAGUAUGGAUACUUAAUGAAUGUAACUUGAAAAGGUUUAAGGCCAUAUUCAACACAGUUGUUCUUUCCACUAAAACACUCAGCAGCUGUCCAACACUAACUUUAACACUGUAACUUUUGAACUCUUUCACAACAAUCAAGAAAAAAAUUGCACAAGUUUCAAUAUCAAGGCAGACUCGGUACUCAUAUCUUCUCUCAAUGCAAGAUGUUUGACAGAAAUACAUUUGUCAUAAUCACAUCUGUUUUUCAUCAGCUUAGCUGAAUACUGUCUUAAUGUAAAGUUUGUAUUUGCAUGUAAACAUGUUAAAUCGGGAAGUCGUGCCUAAUGGUUAGAGUUUGACUCCUAACCCUAAGGUUGUGGGUACCACGACUGAGGUGCCAAUGAGCAAGGCACCGAACCCCCGGGCACUGCAGCAUAAAUGACUGCCCACUGCUCCAGGUGUGUGUGUGUUCACUGCUGUGUGUGUGCACUUUGGAUGGGUUAAAUGCAGAGUACGAAUUCUGAGUAUGGGUCACCAUACUUGGCUGUAUGUCACUUCUCACUCACUUAAAGUCAAAGCAUCAAAAUAAAUAUGUUCUCGGUUUUGGA